AUGCCUGACACCGACCCAUCCUCUAAAGCCAAGGAAGGUGACCAGAAGGCCAUCCAGACCCUUCUAGGGGACCACGAGCCAGCCGGACAAGCACACUCCACCACGAACACCGACGAAGUUCCUGACCUCACAGAUCCUGUGCAGAUCGACAACGAUCAAAUCACGGGGACGACACAUAGCAACAGCAAAACCAAUGCUGAUGCGAGCACUGCUCCUGGUGGGAAUCCUGCUUGA